AUGAGUUCUUGGUCAUGGAAUAAAGCUUCAUUGUAUGCAUGGGAAAGGUUUCUCCGCAAAGUCUUCCAGAAACCAUCAAACCGUCCUGUAAAAUUAAAGAGACACAAAAUGAUUGCCAGGGCAUUUGCCAGACGUAAAGAAAUCAACAGUGGAAGAUUUUCAGUUAGUUUUUAUAGCACGCAUGAUGAUCCACUAGGAAUGAAAUUUGAUUUGAACAGCAUAAGUUCUGCUGAUGUAUCAUCAGAAUUUGCAGCUAAUAUGCCCAAACUAGUACGUAGACGAGGAGGCAUGUUCCAACCAAUGGCAGGGACUCUUAGAAGAUAUUCAGAUUCAGAUAUUGCUUCUGUAACAUCACGGAUAUUUUCUAUGGAAAAUAGUGAUCAAGAAAAUCAGCAACAGGAAGAUUUGAAGAAAAAGAAAAAGAAAAAACGUGCAAAACUUAAUAACAGAGUAAAACCACAGCUUACACCUUUUGUUUUGGCAAUGCAAAGAGGGGCACAGGAAUUCUUAAAAAGCAAGCACCAUUAUAGUCAUAGACGGCGUGGGAGUGAUACAUCAGUGUUAAGCAAUGCUUCAGCUCGAAGUGUUCAUUUCUCUUUAGACAGGAACAGCAGUGUAGAUGCUUUGUCUGUAACCUCUCAAAUUCUUUCCUUCCUGGAAGUGUUGGGGACAGUGAAAGUCCAGAUGUUGUGA